CCCAAUUCCUCCGCAAUCUCUCUUCCCCUUUCCUCUCUCUCUCUCUCUCUCUCUCUCUCUCUCUCUCAAAAUUCGGCCAUCGGCAGCCUCAAAACCCACCCAUAACGAACAACGAGGGAUCGAAGCAAACCUGAUCCAAAUCCACCCACCUCCUCUCUCUCUCUCGCUCUCUCUCAGAUCUAUCCGACGCGCUACCUAAUCAUUGGUAUCCCUAAUUCCUUGUCCAACAACCAAAUAAUACAUGCUCUGUAGAGAGCGGAUUCCAGCGUCGGAGAUCGGUGGGUAGCGAUGCCGAGCGUGUCGGUGAAGGUCUACAGCGUCUUCUUCAAGCUACUGCUCAAGCACAAGCUCCAAACCCUCCUGCAGCAGUCGGCGACGGGUGGCACGGAGGCCUCCUUCGGCGUCGCUUCCCGCCCGGACGAGUCUGCCGCCCCCUCUAACCCUUCCUUCGGCCCCGACGGGGUUGCCACCAAGGACAUCCACGUCGACCCCCUCAGCUCCCUCUCCCUCCGCCUCUUCCUCCCCGACUCCUCCCUCGCCCCCUGCAAUGGCCACGUCGAAAACGGCGGGGCCUACGGGGGCUAUCUGCCGCCCGUGUCGCCGCCGGACGCCUGCCGCGGGUCCCACGCCGGGUCUCCUCGGAAGUUGCCUGUGAUCCUGCAGUUCCACGGGGGCGCGUUCGUCGGCGGGAGCAAUACGUCCACGGCCAACGAUUUCUUCUGCAGGAGGAUCGCCAAGCUGUUGGAUGCGAUCGUGAUCGCUGUGGGGUAUCGGUUGGCGCCGGAGAGCCGGUACCCUGCCGCUUUUGAGGAUGGAUUCAAGGUGCUGAAUUGGUUGGGGAAGCAGGCGAAUCUGGCGGAGUGCAGCAAGUCGAUGGAGAGCACGAAGGCUGGUGGCCUUGGGGAUGCGAGCAGGUCACAGAUUGUCGAUUCUUUCGGUGCAUCUUCCGUCGAGCCUUGGUUAGCAGCUCAUGGUGAUCCUUCCAGAUGUGUUCUUCUUGGUGUGAGCUGUGGUGCUAAUAUUGCUGAUUUUGUGGCUCGAAAGGCAGUCGAGGCUGGAAAACUUAUAGAUCCUGUUAAGGUUGUUGCCCAGGUUCUGAUGUAUCCUUUCUUCACUGGAAGCAUCGCUACCCAUUCAGAAAUCAAACUAGCAAAUACUUAUUUCUACGACAAGUCGCUGUGCGUACUUGCUUGGAAGCUGUUCUUACCUGAGAGGGAAUUUAGUUUAGAUCAUCCAGCUGCAAACCCCCUUGUGCCUGGCAGGGGACCACCACUGAAAUGCAUGCCGCCAACCCUUACAGUAGUUGCGGAACAUGACUGGAUGCGGGACCAAGCAAUUGCAUAUUCCGAGGAGCUGCGGAAGGUGAAUGUUGAUGCACCAGUCCUGGAAUACAAGGAUUCAGUUCAUGAGUUUGCCACACUUGACAUGCUCCUCAAGACACCUCAAGCACAGGCCUGUGCCGACGAUAUUGCCAUAUGGGUGAAGAAGUAUAUAUCGAUCCGCGGACAUGAAUUCUCAUACUAGAGAUACAGCAGUUUGUAUAGUAGUUAAAUGGGAAGGGCAUUUUUGCGUUUUGCUUCACCAGGCUGUAUGCUUUUAGAUGAAUCAGAUGAUCAGGUUUGAUGAGUUUAAAUGCUUUUGCUGUCUUUGUUUUCUUGUAUGUUGGAACAUGCAAGCGGUUGGGUCGGUAAUUGUCACUUUGUUCCCCUUUGAUAUCAUUCUUUUAUUCCUUUGUGUUUUCUGUAACAUAUUUAGUUAUUAAUACUGUACAUCAACCAGUAUGAUGGUAAAAAAAUUCUUCAAAGCCCUUUUCUCA